GCGGUCGUGUCGCCGAAUGCCUGCAGAAGUGUGUGGAGUAGUUCUCGAUUGUUCUCAGAGAUGUAGUUUCCAACAGAGAGCCGGUUGAAGAUGUCACGAGUGGUGGCGGAGUGAAGAAUGGCCUCUCUGUGGUCCAGGUCGGAGACGCACAGCGACACGAAAAAUUGGAACUCUCGGAACCGUUUUGGGGGAAGUGCGCUAAACUUUUGCUCUAUUGAUGCCAGCAGCUUUGAGUACUCCAACUUUCUCCAGCCUAUGUACUGCCUCUGGUUUAGGAAUUCCUCUGGUAGAAGUCGCUCUCCUGUGGGGGGUGAGAGGGAGCUCCUGGCCAGUUUCAAAACGAAUGCUCACGGUGACCCACUUCUCCGCAGACAUGUCCGACAAUACUCCAUGUACGUGGAGACGUUGCGCUAGAGUGGCGUCCGCAUUUCUGGCAGACAGAGUGGACGAGUCUCUUGACCCUCUCGUGGCGGGUCUGCCGGGUGGGUGCCCAGGUCUGUGGUACAUGCCAUCACGCUGUGUCCAGGAGAGACCUGGCCUGGACCAGAGGCUGGAGCAGCCCCAGGUCUAUCUCCAGGAGCCCUGGGAGAUGCCUCUCUAUGAUAGUGCUGGAGUUUUGGAGCUGCACUGUUGCCACAGAAGGCCGUAUCUUGGGUAGACAUCACUCAUACUGCUGGCAUAGGCUCACAAACACCUGCUCUUACAUACUGCUAAACAGAGAGCCAGGGCUGUUGUUUAUAUACAUGAGUCAUGUGACACAUGUAAGAUAAUACCAUGAAUGACAUCGCUCAUGAAUAAUGAUUAGAGUAUGGGAAAUACUGUGGGUGGGGGAAAUGUUUCAGCUGCUCUCUGCUGGUUGUGUUGAAUGGUGCAGGCUAUCAACCCUGAUGUGUACAGAGGUCCGUGGGGUGGAGCCAACUGCAGAGACUCCAUUGCUCAGACUCAGCGCAGCUGUCAGUGUGCCCAGGGUGAAUGUGAAGCAGCACAGCAGUAUGUUAGGCAGCUGGAGGAUGUUCUGGCUCACUCUGCCCCCAAGGCUGGGGUGGCUGCCUUUAUAGCCGAGUAUAUCCAAGGUGUUGGCGGUAGUGUGCAUUUGCCUCGAGGCUAUCUGAAGCAGGCAUAUGAGGCUAUCAGAGCAAAGGGAGGUGUGUGUAUCAUGGACGAGGUGCAGACUGGGUUUGGUCGGCUGGGCUCCACUACUGGGCCUUUGAAGACAGCGACGUGGAGCCAGACAUUGUGACUUUGGCCAAGGGUAUAGGGAAUGGAUUUCCACUGGCAGCAGUGGUCACCACUCCUGAGAUUGCAGAUACAAUGACCAAGGCACUACACUUCAACACCUACGGUGGUAACCCCAUGGCCUGUGCUGUCGGCUCAGCUGUUCUUGAUGCUAUAGAAGAGGAUGGGCUCCAGGCCAACAGCCGGAGAGUGGGGGAGGUUCUGCUGAAGGAGAUGAUGACUCUGAGGGACGAGUUUGAGAUUGUAGGGGACGUGAGGGGGAAGGGACUCAUGCUGGGAAUGGAGAUGGUACAGAAUAAGGGGACGAAGGAGCCACUGGCAGUGGACCAGAUGAAUGCCAUCUGGGAGACUUGCAAAGAAGACGGUGUACUGCUUGGGAAGGGAGGACUCUAUGGAUCGGUGUUCAGGAUCAAGCCCCCCAUGUGUAUCACUGAGGCAGAUGCCCAGUUUGGUAUUGAUGUCAUGAGGAGUGCCCUGAAGAAACACUCUAUGUAGUUAAAGUUUUCUAUUGUAAUAGAGACAAAGCCAGUUUUGCAGACUCUGAAUCUGUCAUCUCACCUCAGGAAAUCAUGCCAGUUGGAAUUGUAUUGACCUGGCCACUACUGA